CAGGGCGUGCAUAUCCAGCAGGGCCUGGUUCAGGUUCGUCUCCAGGGCCAACGCGGCUCGCAGGGCGCCCAAACUGCUGUCCUGUUCAUCCCAGGACGGCUUCUGGGUGGCAUCGCAGAGGGCUCCGCGCUGGUUUUGCGUCUUCCACAGACUCUGGGCGCCCUGUCGCUUCUCCUGGGCCAGCUCUCAGAAGAAGUGGCCCAUGCCCUCCAGGGCCACGUCGUCGCGGUGGAAAUGGAGGAUGAGAGAGAGCCUCCAAGUCCUAACCUGCUGAUACAGAUCAGAUGGUGACUGAAUAGAAGCUGCCCCAGUCCUGGGUUCAUGAUGUACGCACCUGUUGAAUUUUCAGAAGCUGAAUUCUCACGAGCUGAAUAUCAAAGAAAGCAGCAAUUUUGGGACUCAGUACGGCUAGCUCUUUUCACAUUAGCAAUUGUAGCAAUCAUAGGAAUUGCAAUUGGUAUUGUUACUCAUUUUGUUGUUGAGGAUGAUAAGUCUUUCUAUUACCUUGCCUCUUUUAAAGUCACAAAUAUCAAAUAUAAAGAAAAUUAUGGCAUAAGAUCUUCAAGAGAGUUUAUAGAAAGGAGUCAUCAGAUUGAAAGAAUGAUGUCUAGGAUAUUUGGACAUUCUUCUGUAGGUGGUCGAUUUAUCAAAUCUCAUGUUAUCAAAUUAAGUCCAGAUGAACAAGGUGUGGACAUUCUUACAGUGCUCAUAUUUCGAUACCCAUCUACUGAUAGUGCUGAACAAAUCAAGAAAAAAAUUGAAAAGGCUUUAUAUCAAAGUUUGAAGACCAAACAAUUGUCUUUGACCAUAAACAAACCAUCAUUUAGACUCACACCUAUUGACAGCAAAAAGAUGAGGAAUCUUCUCAACAGUCGCUGUGGAAUAAGGAUGACAUCUUCAAACAUGCCAUUACCAGCAUCCUCUUCUACUCAAAGAAUUGUCCAAGGAAGGGAAACAGCUAUGGAAGGGGAAUGGCCAUGGCAGGCCAGCCUCCAGCUCAUAGGGUCAGGCCAUCAGUGUGGAGCCAGCCUCAUCAGUAACACAUGGCUGCUCACAGCAGCUCACUGCUUUUGGAAAAAUAAAGACCCAACUCAAUGGAUUGCUACUUUUGGUGCAACUAUAACACCACCCGCAGUGAAACGAAAUGUGAGGAAAAUUAUUCUUCAUGAGAAUUACCACAGAGAAACAAAUGAAAAUGACAUUGCUUUGGUUCAGCUCUCUACUGGAGUUGAGUUUUCAAAUAUAGUCCAGAGAGUUUGCCUCCCAGACUCAUCUAUAAAGUUGCCACCUAAAACAAGUGUGUUCGUCACAGGAUUUGGAUCCAUUGUAGAUGAUGGACCUAUACAAAAUACACUUCGGCAAGCCAGAGUGGAAACCAUAAGCACUGAUGUGUGUAACAGAAAGGAUGUGUAUGAUGGCCUGAUAACUCCAGGAAUGUUAUGUGCUGGAUUCAUGGAAGGAAAAAUAGAUGCAUGUAAGGGAGAUUCUGGUGGACCUCUGGUUUAUGACAAUCAUGACAUCUGGUACAUUGUAGGUAUAGUAAGUUGGGGACAAUCAUGUGCACUUCCCAAAAAACCUGGAGUCUACACCAGAGUAACUAAGUAUCGAGAUUGGAUUGCCUCAAAGACUGGUAUGUAGUGUGGAUUGUCUAUGAGUUAUGCACAUGGCACACAGAGCUGAUACUCCUGCGUAUUUUGUAUUGUUUAAAUUCAUUUAGUUUGGAUUAGUGCUUUUGCUAGAUGUCAAGAAGCCCUUCAGACCCAGACAAAUCUAAUAUCCUGAGGUGGCCUUUACGUACGUAGGACCAAACCCUCUCUACCAUGAGGGAAGAAGACACAGCAAAUGACAGACAGCACCUAUUCCUUACUCACAAGGGAAACUGCUUGUGAUACUUCCUAAUAAGAUAAAUAAGUGGUUUCCCUCAAUUGAAGACAGGAACAUCAUUUUCCACAGGAUAUGAAGAGCUGCCAGUAAUGCCAAAAUCUUACCUCAUAUAAUACCUGGAGCAUGUGAGAUUCUUCUAGUGAAAAAGAACAGUCUUCCCUGAAGACUCAGGGCUUCAACAUUCUAGAACUGAUAAGUGGACCUUCAGUGUACAAGAAUGGAGAAGCAUGGGAUUUGCAAUAUGACUUGAACUGGGCUUAUAUCUAAUAAUACAGAGCACUAUCACUAACCUCAACAGUUGACAUUUUAAAAGUUUUUAAAUGUAUCUGAACUUGCUGUUAACACAGUGUUAUAACUCAAGCACUAGCUUCAGGAAGCAUGUUGCAUUGUUAAGAAGCUUUUCUGAUUUAUUCUUUAACAGCAUCUUGCCAUCUAUAUGUUAGUUGCAGUUGGCCCAGAAAGGACAAAAAAAAAUUAAGACUCUUUGGAACGUUUUUCCGUGAGCACAGGAGGAUAAAAAGAAGCAGAUGAAGGCUAGGAGAGUUGGUUUCAAAUAAUUAGUAACAGGACAAGCACGCUAAUUUUUGAUGGAAUGAGUUAUCCAAUUAUUUACUUAGAAAUAUUUAUAUCGGUAUAUGGCAACUGGUACUUUUGUAAGUCUUCAGCUCUCUGACAAGUCAGAUGUCCAUCAGAGUAUCAGGUCAGGUGUCUAUCAGAAUAUCAGAGCUGAUUUGUGUAAAGCUUUGUGUAAAGCACGUAGGACAGUGCCUUGCAUAUACUAUGAACUAAAUAAAUCUUUGUUAUAUGGAAAUGAAUGCCUUGGCAAGCUUUAAGAUAAAUGAGCUCAAUUUUUUUUCAAAUAAGUGGUACAUACGGCCCAAAUCCUAAUGAUGGUAAUAGUGAUAGAAAACAUGGACUUUGAACCAGGCUCCUCAAGUUGAAACAUCGUCUCUGCCUCAUAGGAGCUGUGUGUCCUUGCUGAAGUUACUUAACAUCUCUCUUCAUUAACUCUUUCACCUCUACAAUGGGAAUAAAAGUGGUACUACCUCAUAAUAGUUGUUUUGAGAAUUAAAUGAAUUAACACAAGUAAAACACUUGCAAUAGUGUCUGCACAUGGUAAUGUCUCAUGGAUUAGCUACUAUUUAUCAUUAAUAAUGUGCUUUAGACUCCAUAAAACUUACUAUACUUUUAAAAAAUUGAUCUUUGCUUCUUUAAAGCCAUGUAAUUGAUUUCAAAGUACUUUGAAUUACAUUGUAAGACAAAUUCGGUGAACUACUAUAAUUUUUUCAAAAUCACUUUUAUGCCUUAUUAAUAUAUUUUGCACUAUGUCUGCUUAUAGACAAGUAGUCAUAGGAUGUGACAAUCAUCUGUCACCAUAGUUCUGACUACACAGAUGCAUCCGUAUUUCUAUAGACCUCAAAUGUGAGGUUAGAUUUGCUGCUCUGAUUUAUUAGAGAAAAAUCUAGACUAUUCAUUUCCCUAGUGUUGGAAAAUUUUGUUAGUUUACAUGUACAUGUGUUUAUAUGUAAAUGAGAGAAAUACAACUAAAAAUAUCUCCCAGUUAUGUUUUUUUUUGUUUCUUUUUUUUGUUUUUUGGACUGAAGAUAUGUUUUAUCUCCCAGUUAUUAUUCACAUCUCAGUAAGAUAUAAACACAAAAAGCUUAUCAUACACAUUUCCUCUUUAAAAAUGAAAUGUCAUCGAAUUUCUGAGUCAAUGACUAGGAAUAACUACCACCAGAGAAAGCAGAGUAAAAACUUAAAUUCUUACACGUCCUUCACUUAAACUCCUACAGUUUGCAUAUAGCACAGAAACAUUUAAAGUUUUUGAGAAUGUUUAGCAUAUUAAAGAUGGGCUUGAUUGAUGAUGAGCAUAUUUUAUAUUAAAACUAAACACUUCCUUUAGUAGAUACAGGAAAGCAGAUCUGUCUACCAAAAAUUACUUUCCUCUAUGUAAUUUCUAUAACCAUGAAUAUGUGUUUUGUGUAAUUUUAUUUAUAUUUAAUAAGACUGUGAUACCUUUUUGUGAAUAAGUAUCUGUGAAACUGUGUAUACUGAUUUAAAUAUUUCUGUCCUUAAUUCAAUUGAAUUCAAUGAUAUUUAAGCACAAAUGAGAGAAAUAAAUACACAAGGUUAUAAGAAAAUCCAAUAAUGGAAAAGUGGAUUUUUUAAACAGAAUUUAUAUGUCCUAUUUCUAGUUAGGUGUCUGACUUAUUGAUUGGUUUUGUAGGAAUCAUGUAAUGUUUUUCACCUCAUGUUUUCCAUCUUCCAAAUGGGACCUUAAGCUGUCUACCUUAUGGCAUUGUUGUGAGACUUUUGAGAUGAAUAAUAAAGUUGAAAAUUCUAUGAAUGUUCA